AUGAAAAGAACACAGAUUAAUAACGAUGAUACAAUGUCAAAACGUCAAAAAACAACGAAUUCAUCGUUAAAUACUAAUGAUCAUUUUGAUAAGUUCAUCGAUAAAUUUCGAUCGUCCAUCGAUGUCAAUGAUGCGGAAUCGCGACCUUUCGAUAUUUUUAAACAAUCUUUAAAAGAAUGUCUCGACGAAAACAAUGAUCCAACAAUUCUUCCAACAUUUAUAAAAAAAACUAUUCAAAUUAUUGUUACAUCAUCAGUAUCAACUGUUCAUCAUCUUGUAUUUACAAAAAUUAUUGGUCUUAUGAUUAUUUAUCUUGAUAGCAUAUCAUCGGAAGCAUUACUCGAUCUUACUCAUGAAAUAAUUCAAAAUCUUAUUGAAUCAGCAGCAACUGCUGAUAUAAUGAUUGAACUUGUACGAAGUAUUUAUUUACAAUUAGUUAAACGAGAUGAAACUCAAUCAGGCUCCUCGUUAGCAGCAUCAAUGUGUCAAACUAUUGUUCAACAAUUAGGAAAUACAACAUGGAAUGAAGACAAUUAUGCUAGCCUUAUAGCUGUGAUAAAAACACUUCCAUUUGCUGAUAAUGAAAAACGUGCAUUUAUCGAUGUUAUGUUUACAAUUGAUUUCGAAACAUCUAUUGAUCAAUUACCAAUUUUCGUAUUAAAUAUUCUACAAUUAUGCGUUGAUAAUCGUUUAGAAAAUGAAAUAACGAGUUGUAGUGGAUACAUUUUCGAUCGUUUAAUACAAUAUUUUAUUAAUCUUGAUUCAAAAUCAAAUGAUAAUAAACAAUAUACAUCAAAUAUUCGUCUUUGUAUUGUUCAUAUACUAAAUACUAUUGAAAUAUCACCCGAUCUUGGCAUGGCAUUACUAAGAACAUUUAAAAAAAUUCAAAGCAAUGAUGUAUCGAAAAUAUUUUCACCAUUUUGUCUUGCAUUUAUAUUUGCUCUACCAAAAGAUCGAACAAUAAAAGGAAAAUUUAUAAAACAACUUAAAACAUCAUUUGAUCUUGUUUGUCAAACAUUUGAAAAGAAUAAUGAAGCUUUUUGGCUCAUACUUUUUACAAAGAUAAAUUAUAAUGAUUUCUAUCGAGAUUAUUUAUUACAACUUGCAAAAAAAGAAUUAUUUGGUGGCGAUUUAAUUCUUGCGGGUUUAAUCGAGUUUUGUUUUCAAUUACUCGAUGAAUAUAGUCAAUCACCAACAUUAAUGAAUGAAUCCUCAUUUUCAGUUAUUGAACUAUUGAAAACGUUAGCUUCAAAGUGGCUCUCUGACAUAGUUCGAUUACAUAAAUCUAUUCAAGAAGAUAUUAUACAUCGUUUGUUUGAUCGAAUCCUUGAAGCAAAAGCAAAUGAUCGUACUGUUAAGCAUUUUAUUGAACAAUUAUAUGAUGUCAUGAAGACAAACAGUCAUCGAUUUGUAAAAUGGCCUGAACAAUUAAAAGAUCGACUCAAUCAAAUUUUAUUAAUGCGCUAUGAUUUAGCACACGAUGUUAUUGAUGCAUUUAAACCAAUUAUUAAAUUAAGUGGUAAUACGCCAUUUCGUGAAACCUAUUUUCAGUUACUUCGCACAGCUAUGUAUCGUCCUCGUCUUGAUUGUCGUCGAAUGGCUGUUGAUGGAUAUUUGAUUUUAUUGAAACAUGCGAAAUGGCUAAUACGACCACCAGCUGCUCAAGCUAGUCAAAUGACAAUGUUUUCUUUAGUUGACCGUGGUGCAACACAAAUGAAUACAAUUAAUUCGACACAACGAUCAACCGAAGGACAAUGUAUCGAAUUAUUGAUGCAAUUAAGACGAAGUUUGACACAACAAUUUGAUGUUCGAUUGACAGUUUAUGAAGGUUUAUUGCCUGUUCUUUGUAAAAGUCCAAUUCUUAUGGCGCCAAUUCUUGAUAUGCUGAUUUCUCAGAUUGCAUUAUACUACGAGCCGAUUGGUGAUAAGUGUACAUUAAAUUUAUCUUCUUGUUUAAUUGAACGUGAUGAUAAAAUACAAGCUGUUGAACCAUUUGCACAUUUACUUCAUUGUUUAUGUCUUUGCUUGCAUCGUUCUGAUUGUCUAUUAAAAGCAAAUCCGAAAAUAUUCGAUGACGAUCCAGAUGUAGCAGUUUAUUUAAAAAAAGCGAUGGAUAUUUUCAAAAGAGUUAUUAUUCUAUUUGAUGAUGAUGAAUUUACUGAUUCAGUUGGUGCUAAAGGUCUACCUGACGAUAAUACCAGCCCACAAAUGUAUACACUUUGUAUUGAUAUAUGUAAUGUUCUUAUUGAAUAUAAAUUUAUGCGGAUGAAAGAUUCAGAAUCGCCUGCAAGUAUUUUGAAGUCUAUUGAUCAAGAAUCUCGUCUUCAUGAUAAAAUGUCAAAAGCAAAAUUACGUUUACCAACAACAGGCAAGCUUAUUUCAUUUACAUGUUUAAGAAGAUUUUUACAUUCAAUUCUAUGGCCUAAAAUGUUUCAUACGGAUCUUGAUACAUCAAAUAAUAGUAUUGAAAUUGAUGCACUCAUUGAUGAUAUGAACUAUCGUACGUAUGUUAUGCGAUGUUGUUUAUCGAAAUUUCGUUCUAUUGCAUCAAAUGGUAUUAAACAUUAUUUUGAUGCUGAAAAUAUGCGACAGGAAAAAUUACAAAUGAUCUUGAUUGAUCUUCAUAUAAUUUUAUAUCAAGCUGUAACAAAAGAUAUUAGUAUUAUAUUAACAGAACAAAUUUUACAAUUAAUUGUUGAAAUAUGGAAAAUUAUUGUAAAUAAUUUUCGUGGUGCAGCUGCUUUAAUGAUUGAUAGUGCAAUGAAAGCAUUAUCUGGUGAUCCUGAUGCAGUUGAUUCAAAUAUAAGUUAUAGUCAAACUGAUCCUCAAACAGCUCGUUUUGCUGAAAGUUUUAAAGCAAUCUAUAAAAGAAUUGAAGGCGAAUACAAUCAAAUAAUGGAAACAGCUGGUGUAGAUGGUUCAACAGCAAAAGUCUCGGGCUGUUUAAAAGCAUUAAUUUAUGUUGCAGAUAUUCUUGAAUUAGCAUUAAAAGAUGGAGAACAUAUUGAUCGAAAUGAAUAUCAAUCAUUUGCUGAAUGGGCAAGUUCAACUUGUAUGCAAGGAAAAUACGAGGAUCAUCAACUAAGUAAAGCAUUGGUUCGUCUUCUAAUUAAACUUUCAUCAAAAAUUAGUAAUCAUGCACCAUUACUUCGUAAAAUUGCUAUGGAUAUUCAUGGUCAAUGUGAAGAUGUUUCUGAAGAUACACAAUUUAUUCAUCAACCCUAUUUUGCUAUAAUUAACGAAAAAACUCAUAUGGUUAUAUUAAAUAAUAUUCUUAUUGUCGAAUUAGAACGUAUGAUAAAUAGUCUUGAAUGGAUAAUUCAAACCCAAUCAUUAUCACAAGAUCAAAUAACACAUUUUUGUGGACAAGUAUCAUAUUCAGUAACAACAUUUGGACAAAUUGUACAAUGUAGAUUAAAAAAUAAAAUGACAAUAAUUAACAUAGUGAAAUUAAUAACGAAACUAUAUACUAUUCUUGAUGAAUUUACUCGUCAAAUGAUUAAAAAUAAAACACCGAUUCGGGAUGAAUUUGAAAAACUUGCAUCAAUAUCCGGUUCACAAUUACAACAACCUUGCUAUGGAUUUGUGACUUAUACAAUGACUUUGGAAUUAGAUGAUGAAGAAGAAACUGUUAAGAAGAAAAAGAAAAAAACUGAUAAAAAGGAUCCAAAAAAGAAAAAAAGUGUUCUUAAAGAUACAUUGGUACCAAAAUUAGUCUAUCAAAUGGAACAAUAUGAACGUUCAUUACUUGAACUAGGCAAACAACAAGAUAAACGUUUAUUGGAAACAUUUAAAAUGUCUGCUGUACGAGAUUUUCGAUUUAAUUUGGAUAGUAUACCUGAUGAACAACGAACAUUACAAACAAGUCAACAAGAAAAUCAAGUUGAAGAAGAGGAGGAAGAACAAGAAGAGCACGUCGAUGAAGAAGAAAAUGAAUAA